ACUGUGACUCGUGAGCCUCUGCUCCCUUCUCUGCACUCUGCAGUCUUGUAGUAGCUGUCGCCACAGUUCCUUCCCGCCACCUUACCAGCUCACCUCCAUUUAUUGCCGCAAGAAACCAGCAGCGCGCUCUCAAAAACACCACUCGCUCGCCGCCAGCUGCAUCACACACACUGACACACACACACUGACACACACGCUCCCAAUGGCGCCGCCGACCUGCCGUUCCGGGGCCGAAGCGGCGCUGCUGCUGCUGCUUCUGCUGCUGACGACGACGAGCAGCGUCGCGCGGGCCGCGGCGCCGCGGGUGCCGGCGGUGAUCGUGUUCGGGGACUCGACGGUGGACACGGGCAACAACAACCAGAUCCCCACCCCGCUGCGCGCCGACUUCCCGCCCUACGGCCGCGACAUGCCGGGCGGGCCGCGCGCCACCGGCCGGUUCGGCAACGGGCGGCUGCCCCCGGACCUCAUCUCCGAGGCGCUCGGCCUGCCGCCGCUCGUGCCGGCCUACCUUGACCGGGCCUACGGCAUCGACGACUUCGCGCGCGGCGUCUGCUUCGCGUCCGCGGGCACCGGCAUCGACAACGCCACCGCCGGAGUCCUGUCAGUGAUCCCGCUGUGGAAGGAGGUGGAGUACUACGAGGAGUACCAGCGCCGUCUCCGCGCGCGCGUGGGUUCGUCCCGCGCCGCGGCCAUCGUCCGCGGCGCGCUCCACGUGGUGAGCAUCGGCACCAACGACUUCCUGGAGAACUACUUCCUGCCGCUGGCCACGGGGCGGUUCGCGCAGUUCACGCCGCCCGAGUUCGAGGACUUCCUCGUCGCCGGCGCGCGGCAGUUCCUGGCGCGGAUCCACCGCCUCGGCGCGCGCAGGGUCACCUUCGCGGGGCUCGCCGCCAUCGGCUGCCUGCCGCUCGAGCGCACCACCAACGCGCUCCGCGGCGGCGGCUGCGUCGAGGAGUACAACGACGUGGCUAGGAGCUUCAACGCCAAGCUGCAGGCCAUGGUGCGCGGCCUGAGGGACGAGUUCCCCAGGCUCAGGCUCGCAUACAUCUCCGUCUACGAGAACUUCCUCGACCUCAUCACAAACCCGGAAAAGUUUGGGCUGGAGAACGUGGAGGAGGGGUGCUGCGCGACAGGUAGGUUCGAGAUGGGGUUCAUGUGCAACGACGACGCGCCGCUCACCUGCGACGACGCCAGCAAGUACCUUUUCUGGGACGCCUUCCACCCCACGGAGAAAGUGAACAGGCUCAUGGCCAACCACACCCUCCAAGUGUGCUACCAACAAGGCGUCCUGUAACGUAUAAUAUAUAGUAGUAUAGUAUUCAAAGUAGCAAUGGAAUUAUAUUCAGAUAGAAAAGUUGAGAUCUCACAAAGAUUUGUCGUGAUCAUAGAAAUAGGUGGAACAAAAUUAACGGACACCAAUUCACCUGUUUGUCUUUCUUGUUUUCGGGGCCGGCGCCACUGCAUCUACGGCGCGGCAUUCUGUCGUCAUCGUCGUCGGAGGCAGUGGAGACUUCUCCCUCCUGGCGACAUCCUCUUCGGCACGUACACGUCGAAAUAUAGCAUGGAUGUCCGCCGAGGACUUAAGCCCUAUUUUUUCCCA